AUGGCCAGUUCAAUUCUUCGAGGGAGGGCGCUGGGAGCCGUGCGCCAGGCCCGUUGCUUCAGCUCUUCUCCAAGGCAAUAUGCCGCUGAUGUCAAGAGCGUCGGUGUUCUCGGCGCCGGCCAGAUGGGCCUAGGCAUCGCGCUUGUUGUUGCGCAAAAGGCGCAGGUUCCGGUUACCCUCGUCGAUGCUUCUGAUCAGGCAUUGAGUAAAGGCAUUGCUUUUGCGGAGAAGCUGCUGGCCAAGGACGUGUCCAAGUCUAGAAUUACUCAGGAACAGGCUGACCAAGCCCGCUCCCUGCUGACGACUAGUACCAAGAUUGAGGAUUUCUCUUCCGUCGACUUCAUUAUCGAAGCUGUGCCUGAGAUCCCUCAGCUCAAGUUCGACAUCUUCAGCAAGCUGGCCAAGGUAGCUCCCCCUCACGCAAUCUUGGCGACCAACACCUCUUCAAUCUCCAUCACGCGCAUUGCUGCGGCCACUACUACCGAUCCCAACGACACUUCGGCUUCAUCGAGAGUUGUUUCUACUCACUUCAUGAACCCCGUCCCCGUUCAGAAGGGUGUAGAGAUUAUUAGCGGCCUGCAAACCAGCAAGGAGACGCUUGAUACGGCGGUUGAGUUCUGCAAGCGGAUGGGCAAGGUCACAUCCGUCUCGGCUGAUUCCCCUGGAUUCCUCGCCAAUCGAAUUCUCAUGCCUUACAUCAACGAAGCCAUCAUCUGCCUUGAGACGGGAGUUGGCGACAGAGACUCAAUCGAUGCCAUUAUGAAGAACGGAACCAACGUCCCCAUGGGUCCUCUGCAGCUUGCGGACUUCAUUGGCCUUGAUACCUGCUUGUCUAUCAUGAAGGUUCUGCACACAGAAACAGGAGACUCCAAAUACCGCCCAAGUGUAUUGCUAGGAAAGAUGGUGGACGCCGGGUGGCUUGGAAAGAAGAGCGGAAAGGGAUUCUACGACUAUUAA